AUGGGUCUCUGCACUUCAAAACCACUCUCUUCUCCCAAUUCUGAAACCAACAUUCAAAUUCAGUUACAACAAACCACUAUUACUAACACCAAUUCUAAUUCUCAUUCAAAUUUAGAAAUUGAAAACCCUAAAAAAUCACCGUUUUUCCCUUUCUACUCUCCCAGUCCAGCUCACCAUUUAUUUUCCGGCAAGUUUCCGAAAACUCCGGCGACUCCGGCGAGGAGAUUCUUCAGACCAGCUUCUCCGGCGAAGCACAUUAGGUCGCUGCUAGCUCGGCGUCAUGGCUCGGUUAAGCCGAAUGGUGCAAGCGUAUCGAAAGGGAGUGAAGGUGAAGGUGAGGGUGUUGCUCUUGAUAAGAAUUUUGGAUUUUUGAAGAAUUUUGGGAGGAAGUAUGAGCUUGGUGAAGAGGUUGGUAGAGGGCACUUUGGUUAUACUUGUGCUGCUCUUGUGAAGGUUAAUAGUAAGAGUGAUGUUAAGGGUCAUCGUGUUGCUGUUAAGGUUAUUCAAAAAGUUAAGAUGACUACUGCAAUUGCUAUUGAGGAUGUGAGAAGGGAGGUGAAGAUUUUGAGAGCUUUGAAUGGACAUAAGAAUUUGAUUAAAUUUUAUGAUGCUUAUGAAGAUCAUGAUAAUGUUUAUAUAGUUAUGGAAUUGUGUGAAGGGGGUGAGCUUUUGGAUAGAAUACUAUCAAGAGGAGGGAAAUACUCAGAGGAAGAUGCAAAAGGUGUCAUGACACAAAUACUAAAUAUUGUUGCAUUUUGCCAUCUACAGGGUGUUGUUCAUCGUGAUCUUAAACCUGAGAACUUCUUGUUUUCAACCAAAGAUGAGAACUCAGAGCUGAAGGCCAUAGACUUUGGUUUGUCGGAUUUUGUCAAACCGGAUGAACGACUUAAUGAUAUUGUUGGUAGUGCAUACUAUGUUGCUCCCGAGGUUCUGCAUAGAGCUUACAGUACAGAAGCUGACGUCUGGAGUAUUGGCGUGAUUGCUUAUAUUUUAUUAUGUGGAAGUCGUCCAUUUUGGGCACGGACUGAAUCUGGGAUAUUCCGUUCUGUAUUGAAAGCUGAUCCAACUUUUGAUGAACCUCCUUGGCCUUCUUUGUCAGACAAUGCAAAAGAUUUUGUUAAGCGAUUACUAAAUAAAGAUCCAAGGAAAAGAAUGACUGCAGCACAGGCAUUAGGUCACCCAUGGAUUAAAAGUUAUAAGGAAGUAAAAGUACCCCUGGAUAUUCUAGUGUUCAAGCUCAUGAAGUCAUACAUGCGUUCCUCGUCUCUACGAAAAGCAGCUUUAAGGGCUCUGUCUAAGACGUUAGCGGCUGAUGAGCAGAACUAUUUGAAGGAGCAGUUUUCACUUUUAGAACCAAACAAAAAUGGCACAAUUAGCUUGGAAAAUAUCAAAACGGCCUUGAUGAAGAAUGCCACGGAUGCUAUGAAGGAGUCACGCAUUCCUGAUCUUCUGGCAUCUGUAACAUUUAAUGCCUUGCAAUAUAGAAGGAUGGAUUUUGAUGAGUUCUGUGCAGCUGCACUUAGUGUUCAUCAACUUGAAGCCCUUGACCGCUGGGACCAACAUGCCCGCUGCGCCUAUGAAAUUUUUGAAAAGAAUGGAAACAGAGCUAUAAUGAUUGAGGAACUAGCUUCGGAGCUUGGCCUCGGUCCAACUGUACCUGUUCAUGCUGUUCUUCAUGACUGGAUUAGGCACACCGAUGGAAAGUUAAGCUUCCUCGGGUUCGUUAAACUGUUGCAUGGUCCAUCUCGAAGUCUUGUAAAAUCUCAGUAG